CAGUUCUGCUGCAUAUGAGACUCUCGGGCGGUGCUGAACCAAGCGAGGAGCAGGUGGGCGUAAUGGUAAGACAGGUGGUGGCGCAUCAUCUCCCAACCUGUCACCUGAUGCUAAUGACCACCUCGCCUCACUCACCUGUGUUCGCCGCCAUACGCAGGCACAUGAGAAGUGGUGUUGCUGUGGUGGUGUCCUCACCAGACCAGCACCACCAUCAUAUCGAGGAGGCGCUGUUCGGGGACUCCGCACUGGCGUGUCGUGGACUAAUCCUUCACCUUCACGAGGGCAGCAACAACGACACUGAUGCGCUCAGAAUGUUGGAGAGGACGGGGCUGUGGAAGAGACCGGAAACCAAAGUGUUGGUGGUGGGAGGCUCGGCGCGGGUGAAGGGCGUCCUCUUACACUCCAGCCUUCGCAAUACAGUCCACGGCGUGUACCUGGCCCUCCACCAAGACCCCGCAGCCUCUAUCGCUCCUGGCGAGGCCGCCAUCAGACGCUCGCUACCUUAUUCUGCAGUCAGUCAGGAAGUCAGCGUGUACCGGCGGUGUCUCUACUGCAGUGGCGGGGACGCGGGUGUCAGUUUCGUCCAUCGGUGGAACAUCUCCCUCCUCGCUGGGCGUCAAAACUACACAAAGAUUGCCUCUUUGCACCCGUAUCUACUGAACGAAAUGUCAUUGCAUUCCCUGCCUCGCACCGCAGAGUCCCUGAGAGACAUGAACGGACACAAGUUUCGAGUGACAACCUUGCCGAACUUCCCCUACACGGACUACAGGCGAGAGAGUGGAGAGCCCGGCGCCGCUGUUACGCCGCUGGACUCCCUCAAUGGAAGGUUCCUCGACACAUUCGCUGCUUUCUUCAAUUUCACGUAUGUGAUGCGGGAAAACCCUACCAGGUCCUUCGGGUACCUUGGCGCUGACGGGCAGUACAGCGGCAUGGUUGGGGAGCUGCAGAGGGAGGAGGUCGAGCUUUGCAUGAUCCUUGCUCCUACCGCUGCCAGAUUCGAAGUUAUAGAUUAUCUGAGACUUGAACCUGCAGACACACUAGUGAUUCUGUCCCUCAAACCCACCCUGCUGCCUGCACAUCUCUCCCUGUUGAGACCUUUCACAACCUCAUUGUGGAUUGCGUUGGUGGCGUGCAUGGUGGCGUGGGGGUUGGUGCUGUGGCUUCUGCAGAGGGCGUGGCGGCUGCUGACUCAAGACUUUGACAUCACACUCCCCACAGCGCUGACCUAUAGUUGGGGUGCCCUCCUGGAGAAGCCCCCUGACGAUCCGUCCAUCAACACGUCAGGGCAGGUAUUGGUUGGGUGGUGGUUGGUGUUCUGUCUCAUCAUCUCCACGGGUUUCAAGUCCUCCCUUAUCGCUCACCUCACAGUCCAGGGCAGGUCCCGCACCCUGGAAAGCCUACAAGACCUGGUGGAGGCGGACAGCUGGCGGUGGGGGUCAGAGAAGAACCUUUUCAACGGAGCUCCAGUUGACUUUUUCAGAAAGCAGAAAAGUCCCGUGAUGAAAAAGAUAUAUGGGGAGAUGGAGCUGCUGGACUUGGAAGCUGUGAUGAACAAGAUACUGGACGGGAGGUUCUCUCUCAUCAUCUUCAAAAAGUUCAUCCAGAUCCUAAUCGCCUCGAAGUACACGGACAGCUACGGACAGACUCCCUUUUACAUGAGCCGCGAGGAGUUUAAUGUACUAGCCUGCCUCGGUUGGGGAAUCAGGUUAGGAGCUCCGUACCUCAGUGAAUUCGUGAGGGUCCAUGCCCACCUUGAGGACGCCGGGGUGGUGCCUCUGUGGACUGAGGAGGUGAUAGCUCGAAGGGUGAAGGAGAACAGGGAGGCAGCCAGGCUAGAUCAAGAUACUGGGCAAGGAUUUAGUGCUCAGGAAGACGAGAAUGAGGUGGUGCUUGGACUAGAUCACCUGCAGGGCGCCUUCUACCUACUAUUCCUUGGCUCAUGUGUGGCCAUGGUCACUCUGCUGCUGGAGAUCUUUCUGCCUCCUUGA